AUCACGAUAUUGAACACAGAAAAUGGAAAAAUAUGGAAUACCUAUCGAAAAACUGAAAUUGAAAAUUUAUAAAACAGUUUGGACGUGAAUUGUUUAACUCUCCAAGUACUAAGAAAUCCAGGAAAUUUUCUAAAAAGUUGAUAAGCAUAACACAUUGUCUGCGUAUUUUUGACAAUAAUAGAGCCUUUGUUGUUAAACAUCAAUCAAUCGAUUUAUUUCAAUUGAUAGUCAUAAAUGGGGUAUUGCCAUAGACAAAUGACUUGGAAUUAUUUUGCACGUAUAAAGAUAAUUUCAGUAAAACAUGAAAAUGACAAGAAAGUUGGGAUAAGUCCUAGACUAAUCGCCUAUGAAGGAUAAUAUCCAUGCAUCACUACGAAUAGAACCAAGAGAGCAACAUCUUUGCGGUCGAAUUUUUUUGGUUAUUUCCAAUGACAUCUCAUACUCAGAAAUGAGAUAGACUUGUCGAUACCUACGCAUUUGAUAACCAAUUGAUUUGGUUUAACUUUGUAGGAUUUUCGUUAUCAAUAAUUAGAGCCAGUCAUAAUACCGAUUCAUAUAGAUUAUAUUUCAGCGAGGUGUUGGCUAAAUUAGUCAGUGUAAAGGUGUUCCAUCCGCCAUUGAAAACAGUCACUAUUUUAUGGUUCAAGGAAUUGUGUUCAGUAAAAUAUGUUAGAAGAUCAAUUUUCCAACAUGAAAUUUGUUUGGAUAAUCGUGUUAGUUCAAACAGGUUGUGUAAUAGCUGACAGUGUAAGUGGCAAAAAUAGCAGAAUAACUCCUCGAAACGAUGCCGCAUCUGGUCAAUUUCCAUUCCAAGUGUCGAUUCAAUGGAAUAGUCUUGUGUUCGGAACGAAACAUAUCUGCAGUGGGGCCGUCAUCAACAACCGUUUUGACUUCGGCCAGUUGUGUUCAUAAAAGAAGUCCUAACGGGAUCCUUGCAAUUUUGGGGCAUACUCGAAUAAAUUGUGAUUUAAGGCUAUCCCGAACUAAUUUCAGCAUAGAAAAUAUCAUUGUACACGAAUCGUUCAGCACAAUCUUGCUGAGAAAUAACAUAGCGCUUUUGCAAACGGUGUCAGAAAUUGAGUUUUCAAAUCAAAUUCAACCAGUUCAAUUGCCAAUCAAUUGGUCAAAUGAUAUGAAUAGAAAUCUCACGAUGACUGGAUGGCAUAGAAGUUACAACAUAGACAUCGUCACAUUUACUAACUCAAACCAACAGUUACAAUACGAAGAUACUAGCUAUGUGGAAUGCAAAACCAAACAAACAUCCCAUCAUGACCAGUAUGGAAUUGUUUGUACAGAAAAUGAAUUUUCUGGAUCUGAAUAUACUUUAGACAAAGGAAGCCUUUUGACAGAAAACAACUACUUGGUGGGAAUAAUAUCACUUGAUAGGUAUCACAAUUCAGGAGAUCCCCUUACGUACAAUAACAUUUCAUCAUAUGUCCCAUGGAUCGAAGUAAAUUUAAAAGUCAAGGAAAGUCCAAAACCGGAAUCCAAAUCCAAUUCAAAUUUCUGGCUGGUUUUACUUAUUGUGAUUGGAGUGACAACUUUUAUUGGAAUAUUUUCAUUUCGUAAAUUUAAUGCACGAAUUGCAACGACAAUACCAAGAUCAACACCAUCACCAGUAGCAUCUAGAACCCCGAAUCGAACAGCAGCUACUUCUUCGCGAACUGCGUCUAGAAUACAUCGUGAUAGAUUGGCUGUAUCUAUAUAUACGAUACACGAAGAUGAACCAAUUCCAUCUGCAACACCGGCUCAAACUGUGCCAACUGCUCCGCCCGUGAUCACACCAUUGCCAAACGUAUCAUCACCGAUAACGCCCCCUCCGUGCUAUGACACUUUAUUCCCUGUUAAGGUGGAAGAUGACUCGAACACACGAUCUCCAAUUUAA